AUGGGGGAUGAUGAUGGUGGAUCAGACAAUCAUUCCAGGCCUCAAAAAAAAAGCUUCAAGAAAGAUGAGUUGAAGGCCAAGAAGAAGGCAUUCUUGGCAAGAAAAGAAUGUAUAAAGAAGAAGACAAUGGAAUUAUCUGUUUUGUGUGAAGUCAAGGCUUGUGCUGUGAUCUUAGGCCCUGAUGGGAAGAUAGAAACGUGGCCUGAGAAUCGCAGCGAUGUACAGGAUGUGAUCGACUUGUUCAAAAAAGACUGCCUUAAUAACAAGAAGCGAAAACAUAACAAUAAUGAUCAUGGUUGUAAGAAGAAGCAGGUUUUGGGAGGUGAUGAAGGGGCUGUAGAAAAUUUUCUGAAAAAGGUUGAGAACAAAUUAGAUCAAGUCAAGAAACGGAUAAAGGAGAUUAAGACCAAAGAUCAAGAAACAGGUUCAGCGUCUGAAUUUGGCAACCCGUUGAGUGGGGGCAUUCCUCCUAAUGCCUGGCCUCCAAAAAGUUCACAAAAUCUGAGCUCAUAUUUUAAUGCUGGCAUGCUUGGUUUUGGAAAUCAGUUGCCUGGGAAUAUUAUGUCUUCUACUCCAGGCUAUUUUGGUGGUUUUCCAAGCAAUGUUGAAGGUAUGCAUUUGGGACCUGUGGUUUCUUCUGAACCUAUGUCACAAUUGGGUUUUCAGUCAGAACAAUACUUGCCAUGUUCCUUGCAACUACAAUCUUCAAAUGCAGCAUCUUUCUACAUGACCCAAAGUUUACAUAUGCCAUACUCUACUGGUCAUACUCCUUACAGCAUGGGAUUUCAACAGAAUUGCAUUGAUAACAGUGAUAAUUCCUUUUGGACUGAAUCGCUCAUAUUUCAAGAGACAUCAUCUUCCAAUCCAACCAUGGAAACACCUUGCUGCUUCGACUAUAAAGUUGAUGAGAUACAUGGAUUUGAGCAGGCCAGACAAAUUCCAUUGUCAUUUGAUCAGUGUGAUCCUGGAUUUGAACUCGCUGCUGAUGAGAUGUCAUCUCUUAAUCAAACCAUGGAAACACCUUGCUUAUUUGAUUAUCAAGUUGAUGAGAUACAUGGAUUUGAGAAGGCCAGACAUAUUCCAUUGUCGUUUGAUCAGUAUGGUACUGAAUUUGAGCUCUCUACCACUGAAAAUGAUCGUUCCAAUACUAGAGUGGAAUGGACAGAGAAUCAAAUCUGCACAACCCAACCAAGUCCUCAAAGUUCAUGUUUUUCAGUCACAAGUAUGACACUCCCAGAAGAGGACGAACUUGAUGUUCUUCUAGAACUUCAGCAGAAUGCACCGACCCUCGACUGCUUCAACCCUGACUUUGGCUUAAUGGGCACAUUAGGUUUUUCAUAAUGUAACAGUUCAGUAGUUUAUAUGCUAGAGAUUAUCUUUCACAAAGAAAACUCUUCAAAAAAAAACAUUCCAAGAAACAGCUAUAAUCAUCUUAUGCAUUAUCAAACAGAAGCUGUUUUUCCCCUGCCUUGGACCAUUUUAUUAAUUUCCAUUAGCUUCUGAGUCUUUGGCAUGACUUCUUUGAAAGCGUAAUGUGAAAAAAAUUUCUCCGCCCAUUGUGCCAAGCUCGGGGGCUUGUGUUGAUCAAGAAAUUUCCUGUCCAUUUAUUUCCUUUGUCGCUUUAAGCCAUCCCAUGUAGGAACCUAGUGCAAUAUCAAGGUAACCGAUUUUAUCUCCACCAUAAAAGGGUUUCCCUUUGCUACACUUGAUAAAAGCCUCAUACAACAAGACCAAACCUUCACAGAUUCUCUCAAUGAUUUUCUUUCUUGCUUCCUCUGUUGAUAUGCUUCUUUAAGCUCCUAGUAUAGUGGAAUCCACUGGAAUCAAUAGUUCAAGUGUGUUAAAUAGAAUUCAUUUUGUAAUUAAUAAGCCGAUAUAACAGUGUCUCUUUUUAGCAUUGUGUCUACGGAUGAGCACGCUAAACUCAUCCAAUCCUGCCGAUGGAGUCAUGGAUACCUUAGUUCGCCACUUGCUGUGAAAUCACUGUAGUUUGUGCCAAUUCAUUUAGUAUAGAGUAGCUUGUGUAUUUUUGCAGUUUGGAUGUUAACUUCAAACCUAUUCUUUAUCAUUGUAAUUUGAAUCUUGUUGGGUUCAAGAGUUUUUUGACAUGCUAAAUUGUAAACACCCAGGUUCCA